GCCAUCAUUUCCUGCCUCCCCUCCUUACACCCCCCGCCUCCGCAACCACGACCGGCUGUCGGGGAAAGCAUGCCUCACCCGAUGCCUGCGGCGGCCUUCGCAGCGGCAGCUGGGCUAAGUCUGCCUAUUGUGGUACAGGGGGUGCUUUUGCGCAGACAGUGCCUUCCGGUCGUUGCCACAGCCUUGUGGUUAUUCUUUGCAAACGUCGUAUAUGGCGUGAACGCACUCGUUUGGGCUGGCUCGGAUGCGAUUCGCAUACCAGUAUGGUGCGACAUUGCAACCAAGUUUCUUGUAGGCUCCGCAUAUGCAAUCCCUGCGUGCUUGCUUUGCACUACGAUAAAACUGAAGCUCGCUGUGGCACCACGGGAUCUGCCUGAUGAGCGAACGGCUAAGGGACAGAGGAGCGCUUACCUUCUCGACCUCGCGCUCUGUGUAGGGGUGCCUGUCAUCUCUAUGAUCCUACACACCGUUGUCCAGGACCAUCGCUUCGAUAUCGUCGAGAACAUUGGCUGCCAGCCCGAGAUACCGGCUAUCUCAGCGAGCACCAUUUUCUUCUGGCUACCUGCAUUGCUACUUGCCCUACUGUCAUUUUUCUCGUGCUGUAUAAUGCUGCGCUACAUCUUCGGUCCUAAUCGCCUCCAGCUGCGCCACAACCUCGAGAUGUUCGAUUCCACCUCAACGAUAUCCGUAUUCUUCAGCCAGUUUAUGAUCGUGCUGUGCGUUGCGGCCCUCUGGACCGCGUACCUACUGGUUAUGAUAUACGAAGCUCUGUUGUUGACCUCGAAGCUGCCCGAUGGGUUGUCCCGCUCCGCAGACUGGUCACGCAUCGACUCGUACACAUGGGUCGAUUUCGAUAGCCUAUCGAGACGUGACCGAAACUUUUGCUGGUGGACGACCCCGGCCGCGGCGCUGGCGUUCACAUUCUGGUCCACGGUCUUUCCCGUGGUAGAGAAGGUCGACAGUUGGCUGUGCCGUGUAUUUCGAUGCAUCCGCACAGGGCUCCGCACACGGAGCUCUUCUAUUACGUUGAAGGAGAUGAACGCGAGCAAGCACAAGGGGAGUGGCAGCCAUGUCAUCAUCCGCAAAGACUCCGUUGUGACAGUUAUCUACGACGAUACCGGGACUUCCAAACAAGCGCACUCUCCGCGUUCUCCGCCUUGGUCACCUGCUAAACCCGCGUACGAACCGCGGCGGAGCAUCCCUUGGGAGACUGCUCGCCCUUUUAACGGCCCACCGGGCAGACGAUGCUCCGCCGGGACAGAAGAUGGUUCGCAAGAGAUUGUUAUCAGGGAGCUACCUAUCGCAGCAUCGCCACUAGAUAGGCAUGUGCCGCCACAGUCAACCUUCCCUCAUGCCUGGCAGGAGCCACCAGUCGUUGUACCUAGAUAUGCAGAAGAAUCCCCUGUUUGAUAGCGACGUGUCAUAUUCUUCUCUCUUGCGAUUUUACAGCGCCUUCCGCUGUCAUUGCAACUCCGUGCACGUUGCAGACACGCUCCUUCUGUACACUCUUUUGUUAUUCGCCACCGUCCUUUUGUUGCUCCCUUUUUUAUCAUUCUCUCUUAUCGUAUAUUGACUACGACUCUCCUCCCUGUCGCUGCUUGUACCAUAGAAUAACAUCGUCACUCCUUGCACUUGAUCUGUUAGAUGUCG